UUAUUGGGACUGCAGCAAGAUUUAGAGCGAAGAAGCAAAGAACAACACAGCCGUUUCAUGUCUGGUGAGACAGAUAAGAGAUAUAGUCAGGACAGCUUACUACUUUACAAUAUUCCACUUCGCAGUGAAAAUAUUACCACGACCUGCAGGAAAAGCCAACCGGUUCUUCAGUGACUGUGAGAAGUGAAACUGCUUGUGGGCAUUGGGGAUGGGGCGGGUGGUGGUGCUAGGGGCUGAGGAGGAGCCUGGGUAUGGCGUGGCUCUGGCGCUGCUUCGUGAUGGUGGUUUCCAUGUGAGCACAGCUGUAUCAGACCCUGGUUCCCCGCCAGCACAGAAGUUGGAGAGUGCUGGAGCCCAAGUCCUGCCUUUUCACUUAGACAGCACAACGGGCCUACAGGGGGCACUCUCUGGGGCUCAGAAGUGCUUUUUCGCAACCAAAACCGACUUCACCAAGCCAGACCCGCUCCAGAGCGAGAUCUCACAUGGAUAUUUGAUAGCGGAUGCUUGUAAGCAGCACGGCAUCGGUCAUGUGGUGUUUGAGGGGGGUCAGCAUGUGCAGAGACGUUUCGGCUUCCCCGUACGCUCCAUGGAUGCCAAGGCUUGCAUCGGUGACUACAUGGCUGAAAUCGGCCUACGAAAAACACAGAUUCUCAUACCCUUCCUGUUUGAGAGCUUCCUCACAACAUUCUCUCCCAAACCUGCUGGACCCAACUUUUAUAAAAUAGACAUCCCAAUGGGGGAGACACCCAUGGACAGCAUCAGCCUCAGUGAUGUAGGCCCGGUGGUCACAACCAUACUGAAGAACUCGCAGAAGUGGGCGGGCAAAAGCUGCCUCCUGUCUGCGGACCGACUGACAGUCACAGAGUACGCAGAGAUGCUCACUAACCACCUGGCCCCCAGGGUCUUCCAGGACUCCAGGAUUUCACUGAAAAUGUUUGUGGAAAGCUACAAGGUAGAAGCUGGGCAGGAUAUUGGCAACAUGUUUGAAUUCUGGAGGAAAGACACUCAAAGGAGAAAUGCUGCAGAAAUGUUUGAGCUAUUUUCAGACACAAAGAAGUUCUCCCACUGGGUCUCAGCAAACAGAGACUCCAUCGUCAAUGCUCUGGAGAAGUGACAGACAGCGCUCAAAGAAACAACAAACAUAAUGCCCUCUGUAGCAAACCUGUCACAUACUUUAUGAUUACCAAUCCUCACUGUUUUCUGCUCUGGUUGGGGGCGGUUGUAGUCUAAUGUUCAAUGACCUGGCUCGCAACUCAUUGGUUGUUUGAUUCCCAGCUGGGGGAACUGCUGUGCCCUUAAGCAAGGUAUGUCAAAAAUAUCCAGCUGAAUAAAUAGUCAUAUGUGCAUAUGUAAUCUGUGUGAAUUGCUCUGGAUAGGAGCGUCUGCUACAAUAAAUGGUAAAAUGUGAAUAUAAUGUAAAAUCAAUGACUUACAAUGAUGUACUGCUGUUUGGAACAGCAUGCAUUAUGGCUUAAUAAUCCAAAAUAAUAUUAGUCUGCUUCCCUUGUUUUUACACAAAAGAGACCAACUGUCACUUAAUUCUUAGGUUUGAUGUAAUACAUAAAGGUAGUCGGAUAUGUGCAGUGCAACGUGAAUACCACUUUAGUUGCGGAGACGAGUGCUGACAGUGUUUUUAAUGCCUUAUACUGUGGGAGUACAAGCAUACAUGUUGAAUAUUGAAUGUUAUGGUUAUUAAUAUGGUAUAUUAUGUUAUGGUCUAUUAAAAUGUUAUUGCUUA